GUACAAGAGGUGGCAUUAUAAAAAUUUCCUUCGCUACUACUCAGUUCGAACCGCCAACUUGAGAAUUGAAGUCGAGAAAAUGGACAACAGAUUAGACCCAAAUGACGAUAACAGAUACAGAACAAGUGCCCCAGUCCAGGUAAGUCGGAGCUGCCAUCCGAAAUUUUUCUGGAAUAGGAUGAAUAAGUUGAGAAAUUAAGCUUAAUUAACUAAAUGUACGUAGACUGGACGUUUCAAGGGGAAAGUCUUGUUUAUUAUUAAUCCGUGCUGAUUCGUACCUGUGUCGGCGGCGGUUUUAUUCCCAUGGAGUAAUUUCUUUGGUUGUUACCUGUGAAUGAGCUUGAAUUAUUCUUCCCUUUUUUGUCACUAUGCAUAUGACAAGGACUAAGGUCUUGUGAUUGCUUUCGCUCCCACAAAAUUGUCUCCCUAUAUAAUGUAAAUAACAUUAAACAGUACAUGUUUAAACUAAGUAGAGUUACUGUGAACCAGCAAAUUGCCUGAAGAACAACUCUGGAAUAUUCAGUAUUGACAAGCUUCUUGUCUUGUACGCUACGUUAUGAUACUCGGUCGUAUGUUGGUAAACGAUAAAGCAAGCGAUAAACAUCUCCUUCUUAUGGUACCUUGCAUGAAACGUUAUGCAUGCUCAAGGUUUUUACGUGAAUAGGUUAAAAGGGGGUCUGAAGCUUUAAACUGUCACUUCAUUUGCAUUCAUUGCUAGUUAGCUUUAGAGGAGUUGGUUUGGUAUUUAUUUUACGCCACUUCUUGUUAUUUGCAAAAAAUUCGAUUUGAAGUUGCCUUUUUGCGGCCGUGAAACAGUCGGCUAAAACGAUUAGCACGUCAAGGCACAAAUUAAUGCAAAUGAAAACACGUUAACAUCGCAGAGGCUAUUUGCCUUUACUAUCAGUGUUUCAUUUUGCUUUGAUUUACAUGACAAAUCGUUAGCAACGUAAGUAAAAAAACCCUGCUACACUUUUUUAGUUGAUUUUUGUAAUACUUUUUGUAAAUGUACAGUUGUGCUAAUAAAGCCAGUUGUGUUACUGUUGUAAUUCAUUUAUCCCCUCACAGCACUUAACUUGCUAUCAGCAACCCCUUGUAUAUUUCAAAUUGCACUCAAAAGUGUGUGAUUACUUGCUCAAAGGUAAUUCCUUAGUAUUUGAUUGUGCAUCCCUUCUGUGGACAUUUACAUGUAUUAGGUGCACUUGUCUUAACAAAGUUGUGGUUUUUAUUAUGGCUGCAGGCUUAAUUAUAAGGGUGAUGGUGAUUUUAUUUAAGAGAAUUGAACACAUUUGUAAACAUUAUACCAGAGUAAUGAGCCGGGUGAUCCUCCUUUCACUUAAAUGGUAUCAUCUUGUUGAUAUGUUGUACAACCAUUUAAUUUAAUCCUAACUUUCUAUCACAGUCCCAUGGAGGUCUCUUGUCAGCUGGGUCUUCAGGUUUACAGACAACGACAUCUUUGCCUGGGGGCCUGAGUACCUAUCCACCCACACCCAGUCCAAUGCCACCACUAACACCUAUGACUCCUAUGACAGCAGAACAAGCUGGGAUUGUACCUCAACUACAGUGAGUGUAUAAUUGGUUACUCUACUAUUUAAAUUCCUUGUACUAUUCAGGCUUGUACUUGCUAAAUGUUUAUUCAGUGGAACAGCUAGAAAGAGAUACACUUGUUAAUGUCUCAAAUGCAUUGUCAAAUUAUUUUGCCUUCUGAGCAUAAAGAAUAUCUUAGUACUUGUAAUAAUCAUAUGCACAGGUGUAUAUAAUGAUACUUGGGUUACAUCUUUUUCCUCCAUGGUUUUGCAUGUUGUCUUUCAUGUGCAAAGUCUUACACACUAUACAUACACCUGUACAAUUUCUUUUGUGCCAAUAAUGACAAGUUAAAAAUUUGGAUUCUGUUAGUAAUGGUAAUGAUAAUAAUGAUAAUCACCAGCCAAUCAGCAGGUGCAAAAACCUCUAUUCACUUGCGUGGUAUAUACUAAUAAUAAUUACAAUGAUGAGGAUACUUGUGUAAUUUUAAAUUUACUGUAUUUCUUCACUUAUAAGCCAAUCUUGGAUAUAAGCCGAGACCCUAAAAGUUAGAGACCUUCCAGCAGACUCGUGUUGUCCAAGAAAAAAGCAAAACCAUCAGCUAUAAGCCGAGAGUGAUAUUCUUGAUUGUAAACAGCCAUUUGAGUGAGCGAACCUAACAGAAAACAUUGGGAAAUGGUUCACUGAACACAAAAGCUAAUGAAUUAUAAUAAACACAAAAGAAAAAAAUGAAUCAGUGAAUCAACUGCAGAAACACAACACCCUCAGUUACUGUAACCUGACAAGCAUUUCAACUGAGUAUUUCUUUCGUCACUGUUAUUUUUCUCAUCAUGCCAAAAGUACAUCGCUCUUCGUGUAUUGUGGCUUUCAGUGACGGUAAAUGUUAUUGCGGAAGCUGAAGCUGUUGCAAACAACUCGGAAAUCGCUCGAGAUUAUGGACUUAGCAAGUCCAUGGUGUGACACUGGAGAAGAGAUCAGUAGAACUAGUAGAGCAAGUGAUGGAGUGGUUUUCACAGCAGUGAGACCAAUAGAAAUGAGAAGAGCUUUGCAGAGUUGAGUGAGAUCAUCUUUCAAUGCAUGGGAAGCAAAGAAUCUGAUUGGUGGUUAGAAAUAGGUUGUUGUCAUAACAUUUUUAAAACAUGUCACAUAAAGAGCGCUGCAGUCGCAGAAUUUAUGGUCAUUUCACAUUAACUUUAAAUUUGCAAUUGUACUUGUUUUUGAUCCAUUGGAGUGUGGACUAAGUGCUUAAUUAGUAGUCGUACUUUUUUUAAUUCUUACUUAAAAUUUUUGUAAAGGAAAUCUUUCAAUAGUAUAUAUAGUCGAUCUCUAGCUGUCAAUAUUUUGUUUUGAUAGAAAUAUUGUGUCCACUGUAAAUCUUGGCUGUAAGUUAGACUUGAAGAAGAUUGCUCUUCAUGCAAGGAAUGCAGAAUACAAUCCAAAGGUAAGUUGUACAUGUAGCACUUUUAUUAGUAACAUGUUUUAAGUUUAUACAGAAGCUUUUGAACUAUUUGUAACAGAAGUGUUUGUUUUCUAGAGCUCUGCACACUGAAUUAUUUUUGUCAAUUUUCAGCGAUUUGCAGCUGUAAUCAUGAGAAUACGAGAGCCAAGGACAACUGCAUUGAUAUUCAGUUCUGGAAAAAUGGUUUGCACCGGAGCAAAAAGGUAUUUGCAACUCAGAGAACAUAAUUUUUUAAAAUUGAGAUCAUAAACUGACUGGUGUCUUAUUCAAUUGCAACAAGUUUUAGCUCUUAUUAUCAUUGGUUGCUUUAAAAUUUCAAAUUCUUACCAAUUCAAAUGAAAGCUACCAUGGGUAAAUGAAAGGAUAUAUGGAGGCUUAGGUUAGGUUUUGGUUCAUUUUAAACUUAUCCAUUUAAAACUCUCUGUAAACUUAAUUUGACUCUUUCAUAUUAUUCUUAAGAUGAUUGCACUUUUGAAGGCUGUGAAAAAGACUUCUGAAGUGUUAUUUUAUGUUUUCCUUAGUGAAGACCAAUCAAGACUAGCUGCAAGGAAAUAUGCCAGAGUGGUACAGAAGCUUGGGUUUCCAGUGAGUAAAAUGCUUGUUUGUAUGCUUGCAAUCUUAAUUAAAAGAGAUUUUAAUCAAACUUUUUUCAGUCACCAAUAAGAUGAAUAUAUCUUGCUUUCCUGUUUUAUUAUUUGAGAACUUUCAUUGGUAUUGGUACUCUGGAUAGUGUUAAGGCAGCUUUUUUCAUUUCCUUUCAAUAAAUCUGGUUUCAACUUUAGGAACAGAAAGAGACUGCAUGGCAGCCAUCUUUUUGGAAAAUUAAUGUAUAAUACAUAUAGUAUUAUGAUUACCUUAGCUAAUCAUAACACUGGUAUCCUUAAAAUCACUGGUUAAUGAACAAAUUAAUUUGUGGAGGAAAAUUUGAGAGCAUUUCCUUUAAAAACUCCCCAAACAGUAAGGUAUUUUGACUCCAAAGUGUUGAAGGCACUUGCAGCAAGUUGUUAAAUUGAUCCAAAACCUAUUCCAGUAAACAUGGAGCAUCUGAACCAUUUUAAACUGGAUUGUGUAUUUUGUCAGAGAGAAUUGAGAAAGUGAAAUAGCAAAACUUUAAGGACUACAAGUGAUAAGUUUUUGUGGUUUGUAAUUACAUGUUGUGAUCUUGUUCUUUUUUUAAUUGGCUUUUAACACAACGAAAAUGCCAAAAAACAUUUGAUUUAGUUGGUUUUUCUUCUGUUACAGUAAAUAAUUCUCAAGAAAUGUGUUAAUCGCUUUUUUAUUGAUUUUUAGCUAUCUCCUUGGAUAGACCUACAUUUUUUUAAUUAUUCAAUACCAUCACUGUUGGCCAGACUGCUUGCAAAAUUGAUUUUUUGUAUGGGGUGUGUAGCUGUUAACUACGAGUUUCAAAAUGCAUCCUGUGUGUAAGCAAACAGAGAUAUGACCUAAAAUUUUAAUGUCUUUUGUUUAGGCAAAGUUUACAGAAUUCAAAAUUCAGAACAUGGUUGGUAGCUGUGAUGUGAGAUUCCCAAUUCGACUUGAAGGCUUGGUGUUAGCCCAUGGACAGUUUUCCAGGUCACAAAUUCAGAAAAUUGAUUAAUAGUGAUGCAUAUGAAUAUCUCUCUUCUCUUUUUGUGUUAUAUUUUCCAUUGUGGAUGUACUGUUCCUUUAUGGUCUGUAGGAAAAAAAAUUUGUCCUGAUAUGAUAGCCUCAACAAACUAUUUAAUUCUGGAAUGUAGAAUGUACCCAUUUUUGAAAGUGUGGUUGAUCUACCUUUUUCAUGUAUAUUGUUUAUAUUAUAUAGGCCUUUAUUAAACCAUAAUGGUAAAAGGAAUUAGAAUUUAGUUAGAUUUAAGCUUUAAAUUGCAUAAGGAUAGAAUGCACUGCAUGCAUAAACUGUGGACACCAUCAUCCUCCACAUAAAAAAGAACUGCAAACAGUAAUGAAAUGGCCAAAUUCAAGCUCACUGGGAGGGUGGAAUAUGGUGGCCAAUUUCCAUAUGUCUUAGAAAAGAGUUUAAUUUGCUAUGGAUUAAAUAAAUGACAGAUAUGGGAUUAAUGGUGAGAUUUUUAAGACAAACAAAUUUUCUCCUUUGAUUAGCAUAAUUCUUCACAUUUUUUCACCCUUGUGUUCAUCAAGUACUCCAUUACUCUCAAUGUUUUAUUUAAGACGUUUAGAUAAUGCUUAUGAAAUAAAUUAUUAUUUUGUGUAUUGAUUAAUUUUGCAGUUAUGAACCAGAGCUGUUUCCUGGUCUGAUUUAUCGAAUGGUUAAGCCAAGAAUUGUGUUAUUAAUUUUUGUGUCAGGGAAGGUGGUUUUGACAGGUAAGAAAUCAUAUUUAUGUUGAUCAAUGAUCUUCAAGGGUGAGCUGCGAUUUACCAUGUACAUUUACUAUGCUACUAGUACAGUGCUACCACUAACUGAGCUACAAAGCCACUUGUUAUGAGCAAGGUACAUUUUUGAGAAUCCUUCUUUCCCUUAUAGGAAUGUGAUACAAUUGGUAAUGAGGAUGUAUUAACUUGUCUCUAAAUGGUUCAUUUACAAAUUGUUAUUUACAACAGAUGUCCAAUAGUAGCUCACUGUUACAUUUGAUACAUUUGCAACUUACAGUGCUGGCUGCAACUUCCUUUUGGUAGCUAUCACCCACACCAAACCAUUUAAUUCAGAACUCUAGAAGCUUUAGGUUUCUAUUCAUACUGAGACUGACUGGCAUUCAUGUGUAGCUGUCAUAGGAUUGUUUGGGGCUCAUUUUUUUUCUUGGUAACUUAAAGUGAAUUCAAAGCAUGAAGUAGGUGUUUUGGUACUCUCCCCUCCUCCCCCUUUGGAUGUGAUCCUUGUCCAUCGCAAGUUACACCAGCAUUUCCUCAGGUUUCCCUGACUGUUACCUGGUACCCAUUUGUAGUCUGGAGUAGAGAAAAUUGCCGUGAGAAUUAACCCUUUGACAUGUUUAUUUGUCCUAUAGGUGCCAAAGUGCGUUCAGAAAUCUAUGAAGCCUUCGAAAACAUCUAUCCUAUCCUCAAGUCAUUUAGAAAGACAUAACAUUACGAUUAAGAUGUCGCAAAGGAUCAUAGGACGAAAAGUAUUCCUGGAUGAACCACCACAUCAUGUAUGCAAAGUCAAGAAUUAUAGAGAGACCUGGAUGGAAAAAUAGCCAAGUGAACUUUUCCAGCCACGUGGCCGGAAAGGAACCCAAUUUCUUCAGGCAUUACUAAAGAAACAUAAUUUUGGAAAGGCUAUGAGCAGCUUCUGUUAUGAUACAAUUUUGCUUGUAAUUUAGAGAAUCGCAUUUAGAGGGCUGUUUCAAACGUUCUCGGCAAUUGCUUGAAAGUGGAGGGUCACCCACGCGGAUAAUGUUUAGGUGGUUAUUAUUCCCUGACUCUAAGGAUUUAUUUUUGAGUUGUUGUUGAGUUAGUUUUGAAAACAAACAUAAAUAUUAAAGUAAAGUCUUGGUUGUUGAAGUGGUAUGUUGCUCGCACCAAUUAGAUUCAGGCUUUAGGCUUUGCCGCCCGUACCGUUCCUCUGCACAAGCACAAAACAACCACUACCGUGAUUGGAAGGCAAGCUUUUUUGUUGUGUAUGCUGAGACGAGUGUCUUUUGUUUGGAUGUCAGUUCUAUCACAAUAUCCGUGGGAACAUUGCGUGUUGUCACGCAUUACACGUAAUUUAUCGUACUUUGCAGUUGUUCUUUUGGGGAAGGUCGACAAGAUGGAGAGGUUAUGGUUUUUUUCCUGUUUUUACUACCGUGUUGAAUAUCCGUUUCUUUGCUUGAGGAAGCUCCCCGCGAUUACUUUCUGUUUGUGGUGCUGUCGUCAUUUGUCAUUUUUCACCAUACUUUGACAUAGGGAUACUCCGAGGGAAAAAACUCGGAGUGCUGCCAAU